GGCUAGAAACGCGUGGAAGUACGCUCGGAUAAAAGGUACCUAACCUCAUCUGCCUGUACCACUUCCAGGCGGCUCGAUUGUAAUAUACCCACCUAAGGUAGGUAGUUAUAUGUUACACCUCGAGGAUCUCACUCCCACUCCUCGAGUUGGGUUUCUAGACCGAUCAAGGACAGCUAGGGCUGACUAUAGGAAUCCUGCACUAAGGGGAAAAAAAAAGGAGAAGACUACUACCUCCUCCAAGGGCAUUUGUUAUGUCACUAUCCUCUUUCUACCCAGGUACAUGGAGAUUUGUGAAGUGGGGAUCUCCAGUUGGGUCUCUGCCUCAUGCUUACCUACCUAUACUAGAGAGUUGCCGCGGCUUUGCGAAGUUAACCUGCCCUUGAGUAUCCGAAGGGCAAACGUUCACAUCCGCCAUGCGAAUAUCCCACCCCGGACUCUGUACCUACUUAUACGCGAUUUCAAGCCGGUGCCUAGGUAUCUGUCUGUGCCUAGUCGCCCUCCGCCGUGUCGGCAUCGAGCUCCUCGUCACAGCAUCUCCGACGGAGACCACAAGUCUGGGGGUUUACAUAUCCCCCACGCUUAUAAAUCACCACUCGGCGGACUCCAGGUCUCCAGUUUCUCUAACGCACGCAAUUCCCGGAAGUGCCGUAAUUGGCCGCGGUGGUUCGGCGUAACGUGCCACCUCGUCGCCGUCCCCCUUCUGAAUAACGAAUAUCAGGUAGGCAUGUAGCGAGCCCGAAUUCCAGGAGCCUGAAUUCUACCAUCUACGUCGUAAUCGCAUCGAGUCCCUCGUGACGCCCGUGGGUGACUGUAGGCCCUAAAGCCGUUGGCUGAGUCAGCCAACACCUACCUAUUACUAAUUCCUCUA